UGAGCCAGCUUGGAUGCGGUUAGCCUGUUAGCAUGUAGCGUGCUAGCUAGCGAGGAAGUAGCAUGUCACUUCAAAAUAACGCGCUUUAGUCGGCUUAAAAACGGGAAUAUCUCGUCUUUAUUCAUCAAACUGACCAAAGUUGAGGCCCAUGGUUGUUUAGAAGGUUCUAGUUCCACAUUAAAGAAGUGUAGCGAACUCCAGCGAGGCUUCCGUCUCAACUUGGUAGCGUUAGCAUCGCGAGCUAACGUCCACGCAGAUAUGCAAUAUGGUGGUUGUACUUGAGGUGAUUACCUGUCUGGAGAAGUAUCCUAUCACCAAAGAAGCACUUGAGGAAACCCGACUUGGAAAGCUGAUCAACGAUGUACGAAAGAAGACCAAGGACGAAGACCUGGCCAAGCGCGCCAAGAAGCUCUUGCGAAACUGGCAAAAGCUGAUCGAACCCGGGCCCGCGGUGUCUGCGAGUGCUCCCGGCUCCACCAACGGCAGCUCUCACCCCUGCAGAACGGACGCCUCGCCGCCCGAAAUCUCGUUACCAGCGAAGGGGGUUCCCGAAGUGAAAGUCAGGAACGAUGUCCACAAUACUUAUUCGCCGAAGGCUGAAAAAUCAAGCAGCCGCAAGCGCCGAGCCGAGCACAGAGACAGCGGGGUGCACUUACCGGAGAAAAUUUCCAAGCUGUCUUCGUACGACAAUUCUGUUUCGCCGCCCCCCACGAACGGGAUCGCGGGCAGCCCCGACACACUGCUCGAGCAGGACGUGGUGGUCCCCUCCCCGGACCGGUCCCGGCUCGAGCACCUUGACAAUGAUAAAAUCAACAGAAUUCCGGUAAAUGCUGUCAAGCCUCGGCCCAGCUCCCCGGGAGUGGCCAAACUACCUAGCACUUCAUCUUUAAUCAAGGUCGCUGUCAUGCAGCAGAAGGCAAGGUUGGAUGAUAGCGGUGGAGGGGGGCAUUACCAAGCCAGAAGCCCCCGUGGUCUUUCUACCAGUCCAAGGAGCACAAAAGAUGCCACGACCAAGCGCUCUGCGGCGUAUGCACAAAAGUUAACAUCUGUCCCCAGCCCUUCGCCCAGGGAUCCCUUGCCUUUGUCCCAGCCCGUGUCCUCCCCAGCCCAUUCUUCUUAUAGGUCUUCUACGCACUGGGCCACCUCGCUGGAAGUCCUUUCUCAUUGCUCCUCACAAGACUUAUCCUUGUCACUGGAAUCCCCCUCAGUCUCCCUUUCACCCUCGCGCCCCCAACACAACUCAGAACUACACCGGCCAAAGUCCGAAGGAGCUGUGACUGUCCCCGACGACACGGACGGCUUGCUGACUUCGGCCUCGGAGUAUAAAAGGAAAAAGUACCGCUCUCGGGACUAUUCCGUCAAUUUAGACGGACAGAAAGUAGAAGACACAACGAAGCCAGUGCGGUUAAAAGAACGUCGGCUAACGUUUGACCCGGUCACGGGUCAGAUCAAACCCAUAGUCCAUAAAGAACCUUCUCAAACCGAGGAACCCCCUACCCCCGAGCCCCCUGUUGAGUCCAGGCAGAGAACUGAAAGCACUGUACCACAGACCCCGGCGCCAGGCCCGGGCCCCAACCCUUUCCACCAAACAAACUGGAAAGAGCUGUCCAGAAAUGAAAUCAUCCAGUCCUACUUGAACCUUCAGAGCAACGUGCUCACGUCGUCCGGGGUCCAGGCCCCGAGCGCACAUUUCUUCAUGUCCGAAUACCUGAAGCGGGACGACAAGGGCGUAAAAGAGCCCAGGAAAAUGCACGUUUUGCAGGCGGAUAGCCCGGCGGAAGAUUUACCUGGCGUGACUCGGGACGUAGGCGGGGAGGACCUGGACAGGGUACAAAGCCAGCAUUGGCCCGGGGUCAAUGGGUGUUUGGACACCAAGGGCACUUGGUACGACUGGACAGAGUGCAUAUCGUUGGACCCUCACGGGGACGAAAGCAAACUGAACAUCCUGCCGUACGUUUGCCUAGACUAAGGGGUCCUUUUUUCACUCCUGACGAGAUCGUUUGUGAUUUUGUUUGUCCACUGUGAGUUGGGCAGAAGCCAGGCCUGCUAAACUCUCCCACCCCUCCCGUGCCUCCUCUUCUUUCUGUGAUUGAGAGAUUUUGGUAUAAAAAAAAGAUGACAAAUUAAAAAUAAUAUUUGUGUUUGAUA